AUGCUGCACACAGAACCGUCAUUUGCAAUAUACAGUACAGAUGAUAAGUUUGCGGAGGGAGCUGAGAAUGAAGAUUUAAUCAGAGAGAAGAUUGAGAGAUCUGAUGCGAUUGGGAAAACCAUUGACACUCAGUUCAGCUUUGAGUCGAACUCGAUGCGGAUUAUUGAAGAAGAUGAUGAUGAUGGUGAAGAAAAUGAGAGGGUCUUCCAAGGUCUCGAUGAAUGGGAUUUCGACCGUGAUGGCGAUCUGGAUAGUUAUUUCAGUAAAUUGGUUGAGAAAGAUCCUUCAAACCCUUUAGUCUUGAGAAACUAUGCUCAGUAUUUGGAGUCAAGGAGGGAUUUUUCCGGUGCCGAGGGAUACUAUUAUCGUGCCAUGUUGGUGGACCCUAAAGAUGGUGAGAUGUUGUCACAGUAUGCCAAGUUGGUGUGGGAGAUCCAUGGCGAUCAAGCUAAGGCCUCACAUUAUUUCAAAAGGGCAGUUCAAGCUGCCCCGGAGAAUAGCAAUGUUCUAGCUGCAUAUGCAAGUUUCAUGUGGAAUAUAGAUGAUGAAAGUGACGAAGAAGAAAGGUGGCCUAGUAAUCAGGUUGAUGAGUAUUCUAAAGAAGUGAAAAGGCCGUCUAGCCCGCCUUUACAUCUUGCAGUGGGGCUGGGACUUGAUGGUCAGAAUAUUGACUGCAUAGACACAUGUUCGGACGAGAGUAGUAAUGUUGAAGAAUAUUACAAGAGGAUGACAGAGGAAAAUCCCCAUAAUCUGUCGAGUCUCAGAGGCUAUGCUAUUUUUUUGCAUCAGUCGAGGGGUAACCUUAGUGGGGCCGAAGAAUAUUGUUCGCGCGCCAUAAUAGAGGAUCCAAACGAUGGGCAGAUGCUUUGUUUAUAUGCAAACAUUUUGUGGCAGCUGCAUGGAGACAAAGACAGAGCAAUGGCACAUUUUGAACGGGCGGUUUUAGCAAGCCCAGGAGACAGCAAUGUUUUGGCGGCAUACGCUAAAUUUUUGUGGGAGACAGAUGCAGAAGAAAUUUGA